AUGGAUCCCAUUGCAAUUGUUGGCUUGAUCGGAUCGGUCGUUUCCAUCGGCGAUGUCGUCGCGAAGAGCAUUCGAAAACUGAGCGACCUCAGGAGCCGCUAUCAUCAUGCGCCUUUCCAGAUCACCACCUUAGUUGGCCAGCUUUAUAUUAUCCAGGCAGCAGUUGGCCAAUUGACGCAGUGGAAGUCGUCCACCUUCCUUAAUGAAUCACGGUAUCUUGAGCUAGCCUCGCAGAUAGAGGCCUCGCUAGACAGCUUUUGUCCUCUCAUCUUGGCUCUGGGCAAAUACCUUGACAAAUUUGAAAUAGUUUCAGACUGUGACUCUUCCCAUACCCAGAAUAAGUUACAAUACAUGUGGAACGAGAAGGACAUAGAUGUCUAUUUAAGCCUGGUCGACCGCCAGCAAUACGUGGGCUGA